UAGAAGCACCAGAUAAGAUCCCCAAACCCUAAGCGCAUCAUUCAUCAUCGAACCACAAGAAGCGGCGCAUCUGACAAUCCAUCCAAAAAACGAGAAAGAUGACGACGACCGAUUCGCAGCAGAAAACGAGCAAGUUCCGAUGGGGCGAGAUGGACGAAGACGACGAUCUGGAUUUCCUUCUCCCUCCCAAGCAGGUGAUCGGCCCAGACGAGAAUGGAUUGAAGACGGUGAUCGAGUACAAGUUCAACGACGAAGGCAACAAGGUCAAGAUCACGACCAGGUCACGCGUCCGUAAGCUAGCUUCCGCGAGGCUCAACAAACGAGCCAUGGAGCGGAGGAGCUGGCCUAAGUUCGGAGACGCCGCGAACGAGGACGCUGGUAGCCAUCUCACCAUGGUUUCGACCGAAGAGAUUCUUCUGGAACGACCUAGGGCUCCUGGUACCAAAGCAGAUGAAUCAAAGGCAGCAGGAGACGGCUUGUCUCAGCUGAGUAAAGGUGCAGUCCUCAUGGUUUGCAGGACAUGCGGCAAGAAAGGUGACCAUUGGACAUCAAAAUGUCCUUACAAGGAUCUAGCUGCACCAACCGAUGUCUUUGUCGACAAGCCACCCACAGGAGAAACAUCUGCUGUACCCGCUGCACCUGGUGGCAAGGCCGCUUAUGUGCCUCCUAGCAUGAGAGCAGGUGCAGACAGAAGCACUGGUGGUUCGGACAUGAGGAGGAGGAACGAUGAGAACUCUGUGCGUGUGACUAACUUGUCUGAGGACACCCGUGAACCCGAUUUGAUGGAGCUCUUCCAUCCGUUUGGAGCUGUCUCCCGUGUCUAUGUGGCGAUUGAUCAGAAAACUGGAGUGAGUAGAGGGUUUGGUUUCGUCAAUUUCGUGAGCAGAGAAGACGCUCAACGAGCCAUCAACAAGCUGAAUGGUUAUGGUUAUGAUAACCUCAUCCUCAGGGUUGAGUGGGCCACUCCAAGACCCACUUAGAAAAUGUCUCGAGUCCUUCGUAAACUCUUCUCAUUUCGUCUUUCUUGCUAUGGCUUCUUGUUUAUCAGACUGUUUGUCUGUUGGUUUGGUUUUGGUCGGAUUAGAUCAGAAGAUGUUAUGUUCGUCUUUAAUACAUAAGCAAUGUUUCGAAUACUUGGAAGUUUAUUUAAUCAAUUUAUAUCUACCCAA